AUGUUAUCUUAUUGUAAACAGCAAUAUGAAGAACAAAAACUUCAUUGUCAAAUGGAUUCUAUUUAUAAACAAAACUCUUUUUAUAAUUAUAAUAAAAAAAAAGAGUAUUUUAUAUUAUCAUCAUCGUCAUCAUCAUCAGUAUUGACAUCAACAACAAAUAAAUUAAUAUCGAGAAAGAUUAGUGAUUCAAAUGAUGAUGCUUCAUCAUUUUCUCAUGCUAUGUAUAUAACAGUAAAAAAACGUCGUACUACAUCUCCAUCUCAUCAAUCAUUUGAAGAUUGUCAAUGUCUUCAAUUGCCUGAUAUUUGUUCGACUAUAUUAGCGACUUCAAAUUCAUCUGCAACUAAUUCUCUUUUGACUACUACUUUUACUGAACCAAAUAAUUCUAUUAUCAAAUCAACUAAUUUUACAAGUUCAAUACCAACAUCUCGAGCUGAAAUACGUCAUAAAAGUGAAAUUGAAAUAGAAGUUAAACACGAAAAACAACAGCCAUUAAACAAUACAGUUAAGAAUAGUAUUUCAUCAAUACCAACAUCAUCUUAUUCAUCAGUCAUACGUCCAACAGGUAUAACAAAUAAACAAACAUCAAUAAUAAAUUCUGAUGAAAAUUCUUUAUCAUCACAAUAUCAAAUACCUAAACGUCGUAUUUUGACAAAUUCAGUUCAAACUCAAACAUUACCAUUACUAUUAAAUCAAUCAGAUCAUCAAAUACAACAACAAAAACUUAAAGCAUUAACCGAUGAAACACUAUCAAAAAAUGAAAAGAUACAAGCACUUCUACGUGAACUCGGCGAUUAUCAAGUGAGAGUUUAUGAUUUGUAG